CCGGAAGUAGGUUGUUUACCAUGGCCGACUACGAGAGUGUUUUGUGUGUGAAAAACAAUGUCCACGUAUACAGAAUUCCUCCUCGACCAUCAAACAGAGGCUACAGAGCCUCUGAUUGGAAGCUUGAUGCUCCAGACUGGGAUGGAAGAUUAAGAGUUGUAGCCAAAGGCAAAGACUUAUUCAUUAAACUGGAAGACAAAACAUCAGGGGAGCUUUUUGCCCAGUGCCCUGUGGACAGCCAUCCUGGAACAGCUGUAGAGAGUGUUAUGGAUUCAAGUCGAUACUUUGUCAUUAGGAUUAAAGAUGAUAAUGGUCGCAGUGCUUUUAUAGGAAUUGGGUUUGAUGAUAGGAGUGACUCUUUUGACUUAAAUGUAGCUUUACAGGAUCAUUUCAAAUGGUUGAAGAAAGAAGAAGAGGCACAAGCAGCCACCAAAGAAUUUGACAGUGGACCAAAAUUAGACCUAGGUUUUAAAGCAGGGCAAACAAUCACUAUUAAUGUAGCAAAGACCAAAAAAGUAGGAUCUGAUACAACAACUUCCAAACCUCGACCAAAAGGGGGUACAACAGGAGGAAUGUUACCUCCCCCUCCAGGGGGGAUGAAAUUACCUCCACCACCAGGUGGAGCCUUACAACAGACUUUUCCAGCGCCACCUUCUGGCAAUGUGUCACAAGCACAAGUGAAUAAGAACUCUGGUAGUAACGUUGAUCUUUUAGAUUUUGACUUUGGUGAAUCACCUAGCAGUACAUCUUCAAACACAGCCCCUAUUCAACCAGUACAGACCAAAAGUGAUCCUUGGGGGGAUUUCACAGGAGCAGGCAAUAAAGAGCCCAUCAAUGGGAUUGACUGUUUCUUUACGGAGGAAUCUUUCAACAAAUACUCAAGGAUUCCCCCUACUCUGGAGGAGAGGCUGUUGAUGAGGAUUAAACAGGUGAAAGGAGAACCAGUCUAUCCCAGUACAGCACAGGUCAAAAGUUGUUCUGCUGAGACUAGUUUUAGCAUAGAUGAAAGAGAGAAAAUUACAGAGAGUUCUGACAAUGCAGGGGAAUUCCAGCCUAAACAGACAGAGAAAACAUUCACUAAAACACAGUCUACUCCAGCCAAGGAACAACAAAAGAAGAAAAUAUGUUCGGAGUUACCAUACAGUAAGAAAGUAGCCCCUCCUAGGAAGUCCAGGUUCUCACAUGAUCAACAGAAGCGAUAUGUAUAUCUUUACAAAAAAUAUACACACAGAACUUCUAUUGAUACAACACCGGAGGAGAGAGGGGAGAUAAGAGAGCUACAGAUACUGACAAGUGAAGUUCUAGAGGAACAGAGAGAAUUCCAGGAAUUUCAGGAGAUGCUCUCUAACACAGCCCACAAAACUGACUACACCUACAUGAAUCCUGCGGCUAGAAAGUACAUGGAGGAUUAUGUCCAUAGUCGAAAGAAAGAGGCGGAGUUAUACCCAAAAUAUUAUAACACAGAAUCAUCUUUUAACAUUGAUGGGGAAGGUCAGCCUUCUAGGAUGAUGUUUAUAAAACCCCUUCUACAGUUGGGCAUUGUGCCGAAGAUGAUACUUCCCACAGUGACCCAGCAGCUGAAGCCAGAGUUACCCCUGGAUUCCCUGGCGGUCAGUCAGCAGUAUCCUGUCUCCAAAAGCAGAAAUCAUAAACCAGGAGCCUGGAACCAUGAGCCUUGUAGUUUGGAUGACAAUGCCACACACUUGGCAGUAGAGAAUCGAGCACACAUUGUGAUAUCAGCUGGGGCCCUUCAAUGUUUGGUAGACAACCAUGCCCCCAAACAUUUGGAGGAGUGGGAGAUGCCUUUUAUUGUCAGGGAAUACCAAUUGAAAGAUGGUGAUGAAGUAUUUGUGCAAAGGGUUGUAUUCAUAGACAGGCCAUUUCUACAACCUCAGCUUACCCCCAAAGACAAAAACACAAAGUACUUCAAGUAUGCCCUGAAGGCCUUCAUAGCAAAGCCAUCACAGAAGGGCCAUGUGUUCAGUAAAAUUGAUAAUUCUGGGGCUGAUGCAAAAUUUGUAGGACCAUCUUCUCAUGUUAACCAACAGACAACAAAUACAAACUAUACAGCAUGUUCCAAAAAGACCUCGGUCAAAAAAGAAGGUCAAGAUGUCACUAAAAAGAGAGAGGAACCAUUUUCUGUUGGAGAUAUUUCUCUAGAAGACCUUGAAUGUUUUGGGACUACAAAGAAAAAGAAAAAUACAACAGCAAAAAACAAGCAAACACCAGCUGUGGACAUGGAAAUAGAAUCUCAAGUGAGCAUAGAUGAUUUGGAAUCAUUUGGAACUGUUAGUGCAAAUAAAAUUCAGAAAACUGCAGAGAAAAUCAAGUCUAAUGAUUCUGAUCAAGAUUUGAUCAGAAAAAUUAAAGAAAUGCACAAACCCCAGAAACAGAUACUACCUACAAAAACUCUGGCAAAAGAAAAGCCAGCUUUGGAUUUAGCAAAUGUAAAUACGAAUUCUGUUGGAAAUUCAAGUAAAGUUCAGGAAAUUCAUAUGGAAAGUGGUUUCCAAAGUGCUGAAAAUGUUGAAAAUACAAAAGAUGCAGGAAAUGUGCCAGAAAAAAACGAACAUUCUCAACCAGACUCUUAUAAUACACAUGUGAAAGAUUCUUCAGUAGAAAAUAUGAAAAUGAACUCAGAAAAUGAAAACUCUCAGAUGCCAGAGCAGAACAUAGAAAGUAGUCUAAUUGUUAAAGCACCUCAGAUGAUUCCAUGGCGUACACCUGAAUUGUUUGAUGAGAGUGAUCAGAAAACCACAUCUAGGGAGUCAGAAAAAAAGCAGACAAGGCAAGCAGCUAUCCACAGUGAAGAGGACAGCAGUGAUGAUGAGGACAAACUAUUCAUUAUCGAGAGUCCUACAAAGAAGAUGGAAGUGUUUGAUGAGGCUCCUGCCAGUCCCUCACCAGCAAGUCCUGAUCCUGGCCAGGAGGAAACAGAGAUCUGCAGGAUCAUUCCUAUAGGAUCAGACUAUACGCCUGAUUCAGCUCAGAGCCCAGCAUGGAGACAGGAAUCUCCCACUAGUCCAGUGAAAGGAGGACAUUCUGACAUUUCUGAAACUAUGCAGUGUCCUCUCAUUCCUUUGUGUGGGGAAAGCGAAGAUGAGAUUGUUGAUACAUCCUGUCAGGAUCAAAUAUCAAAACAGAUCAGUCAUUUUCCAGACAGUAUUUUUGAAAAGCCUGUAGGCACACCAUUAAGGAGAUCGGGAAGGUGCAGGAAAAACAGUCGAAGUUUGGAUUCUCUGAACACAGAAAGUGGUCAGACUGCACAGAAUACAAGUAAAAUGGGAGAUUGUUUCAGUGACACAUUUCAAAGUUGUGAAUCAGAUGUGCAUCAUGAGGGAGAUGAUAAUUCUAAGCAAAAAGUAAUGACAAGAAAGAAAAAGUGUAAGAAAGAUAUCACAUCAGAGAGUGAGAAUGAGGAAAAGGAAGUCAAACAUCCAACAGCUCAACCAGUGAAAAGGAAAAGGGGAAGGCCCCGGAAAAAUCCUUCUCCUGAAUCUUUGAAAGCUGAGGGAAAUGAGAGUGAAAAAGGUCAGGCAUCAACUCCACUUAGAAUGUCAACAAGAUCCAGAUCUAGGUCCUCAGUUGGUGGGACAUCAGAAGAUGAGGUACAAGAAAAAGAAGUGGCAAAUCGAUCAAGGAGAAAACGAAAGUCUGAAGCAGGUGGAUCUAAAGAGAGUGAAAAAGAGGUUGAGAAACCUGCUGAAGAUGGCAAUAAGACUAUUACAGGUCUGGAAACUAAGAAAGAUAAACUAAAUAUGAGAGAUCGAUCAGAGACAUCUGCUGCAGGCUUACCAGUGCAGGCCAAAAGACCAAGGUCAGACAACGCUGAAAACCUCUUGGGCAACAUUGGACCACACAAAAGAGUAAGUCGGGUUGGCAGACAGCCAUCUACACCAGCUCACUCCGUAACAAAACCAGAAAGUAACCAGCUCCAGCAGGUGUCAGAGGUCAAAUCAAGAGAGAGCAAGAAAACCAACCAACAAACACACAAAGCAGAAGACAAGUUCAGUUUAGAUAGCAUACUCAAUGUGCAACAGACACUCCUCAAAUCUGGUGAAGUACUAAAACUAAGUAUGCCCAGUUUUACAGCUGAAAAUGUUAAUCAUGUUUUCAAGUUUCCACAACGAAACAAUGUGACCUAUAACCUUUGGGAUUUAGGGGGUUUUAAGAUCGUUGUUCGCUGCAACAUUCAUGGAGUCAUCAGAGACAUGAAUCAGCAGUUAUCAUUUAUUCAUCUGAUGCCUAAGCUGGAGUAUCAAUGUCAGUUUGGAAUGGAACAAGUAACUCCUAGUGAGGCAGUUAGAACCUGGAUCUCUUCCUACAUCAGACCUAAUUGUCGGGUUCUUAGAGCAAGAUUUCACACCCAGAGAACAGAGCUAUUUUCUGUAGAAGAAUUACAAGCAGCACAGAUUGUUCCACCAUCACAGAACUUUAACCCAGGGAAUGGCUUUUUAAUGUUGCAAAAUAUAUUCCACCAUCUGCAUCAGCUUUCUCCAGGCCAGUAUCUUCUAAGUCAUAAGAAGUCCUCAGAUAAAUGUGUAAUAAAGAAAGCUACUGAAGACAAUAAAAGAGGUUCCUAUGACUUACAUUUUAAUCAGCUUGGGUUUGCUGAUCCCGAGUUUGAUAAGCGGAAGGUUCAGUGGACCCCUCUAGACCCCACUAUUAUGCUCCCCUACCACACAAUGAAUGGAAGAAUCCCAGUGACCUUUGACCCACCAGAUUUCAAAUUUACCUACUCAGCUCAAAAUAAAACCACUAAAAGAAAGAAGAAAAAUAAAGGAAAACGUAAAAAGGACAAGAACAAGAAUUCUGUAUAAAAAUUAGGUACACAAUAUCCCUGUGAUAUGUAUAUAGUUGUAUGUUCUGUAAUCUUUGGAGUUGAUAUCGAUACUGCCAAUAUGAAACUCACUCCAGUAGAAAGCUGUUGAUCUGAUGCUUUGAAAUAAACAAACAUGAGUAUUAA